AUGGAUCCGUCCCUGGUCAGUGUUGGCGGCCGCCGGGAAGCACGGCUGUGCGCGGUGACCGGUGGGCGGGGAUUCAUGGCGAGGCACCUGGUGGCCGCGCUGCUCCGCUCUGGAGAUUGGUGUGUGCGGAUCACCGACCUCGGCCCCGAGGCCGCCCUGUCACCCGCCGAGGAUGAUGGGCUUCUUGGCGCCGCCCUCCAAGACGGCCGCGCCACCUAUGUCUCCGUCGACGUCUGCGAAUUAGCCCAACUUACAAAAGCUUUGGAAGGGGUGCAUACUGUUUUCCACACUGCUGCCGCCGAUCAUACCAAGAACAACUUCCAACUUCAUUACAAGGUCAACGUCGAGGGAACAAAGAAUGUCAUCGAGGCUUGUAACACAUGCAAGGUUAAAAAGCUCAUAUACACUAGUUCCAGUGGGGUUGUAUUCGAUGGUGUUCAUGGCCUGUUUGCCGUAGACGAAUCAACACCAUAUCCAGAUAAGUUUCCCGAUGCAUAUACAGAAACCAAGGCAGAGGCAGAAAAGCUUGUGAUAAAGGCCAACAGAACAAAUGAGCUUCUCACUUGUUGUAUACGUCCUGGCAGCAUUUUUGGUCCCGGUGACACGAUAGUGCCAAUUUUAGUUUCUUACGGAGGAAUGAUGAUAAUUAUUGGUGAUGGCAAGAAUUGUGAUGAUUUUGUGUAUGUUGAGAACGUGGUGCAUGGUCAUCUAUGUGCAGAGAAAACUCUUUCUACCAAAGACGGUGCAAACAGAAGUGGAGGAAAAGCCUACUUUAUAACUAAUCUAGAGCCAGUGAAUUUGUGGGACUUUGUUUAUAUGGUUUUGGGAGAACUUGGAUACAAAAGCCGAUUCAGAUUAAGAAUUCCGUCAUAUCUUGUCAAGCCGAUAACAUGUCUGCUAGACUGGAGCUACAAUAAUAUAUUCUCUCUUUACGGAAUGCGUCAACCUGGCAUGCUAACAUCUGCAAGCAUUAAGUAUGCAACGCUGAAUAGAACAUUCAAUUGCAACAGUGCUGCUGAACAACUUGGUUACAAACCAAUAGUGCCACUCAAGGAGGGAGUAAAGAUGACUACUGAAUUCUACAAGUGGUCAAGAACGUGA